GAAACCAUCUAUUAUAACUACAUAUAUUAAACAACUAAAUAGAAGUAAGAUCGAUCGAUCCAUCCAUCCAUCCAUCAAUGUUGCAGAGAGCAGCCAGCAACGCCUGCUCCUGGUGGUGGGCCACCCACAUUCGCACCAAGCAAUGCAAAUGGCUGGAACAAUCUCUCCAGGGUGGGUACCCCCCUACCCCACCCAUCACAAUUCCAUUUUGUAUGCUUGUGGUUACUGGAUAUGGAAGAUAAAGUGCAGAAAAUGCUGAAGCUGAUUGAAGGCAACGGCGACUCCUUCGCCAAGCGCGCCGAGAUGUACUACAGAUGCCGGCCGGAGCUCAUUGCCGCCGUCGAGGAUACUUACGGCGACUUCAAGGCCCUCGCCGACCGCUACGACCUCCUCUCCAAAGAUCUCCAGAACGCCAACCACACCAUCGCCACCGUCUUCCCCGAACAAGUCCAGUUUUGCGGCUUGGACGAUGACGACGACGGCGGCGAUAACCCUCACCCUCACCCUCAAUUCCCAUUCCCAUCCGACCAAAAUAAUAAUGACAAUAACAACAACAUUCCGGCGCCACCAGAGGCAGCCAAUCUCAAAGCCCUUGUCACGGCGCCACCGCCGGCCAAUCAUCUUCCGGCCAAGAAAGGCGGUGGCGACAACAAUGGCAUGACGGUGAAGAAAUUAUCAUCAUCGUCAUCGUCAUCGGGAUUGAGCAGGGAGGCGGCGGAGGAGGAGAUAGUCCGGAUGGAGAAGGAGAUAUUGGCGCUGCAGACGGUGAAGGAGUUCGUGAAGAGUUCCUACGAAGCUGGGCUGGCUAAGUAUUGGGAGAUCGAGAAUCAAAUCACAGCCAUGCACGCCAAGGCCAGCGCUCUCCAGGACCACUUCACCAACAUCGACGCCGUCAUUGACGACGACGAGGCGCGCAUCUUAAUGGCUCAGGCCGCCAUUGAUUCAUGCGACCGCACCCUCUCUGCUCUUCGCGAAAAGCACAAAAGCUUCACUGUGGAGGCCAUGGAGGAGCGUAAGAAGAUCGAAUCCUCACAGCAAUUGCUCCACUCAUUGAAGGACUACUGCUCCCAAAAUUCAGCUCCGGCUAUGGCGGCGACAGCGGAGGCUACAGACCGGAUGGAGAAGAUGACGUUGACAGCUACAGAAUUGGCAGAUAAGAUUGACGAGGUGGUGAACAAGGUGAUUGGAUUAGAGAGCAUGGCGUCGUCUCAAAUGGUUCUCAUCAACACCUUGAGAACGACGGCGGAUGAUCUGAGCCGGAUGCUGAAUGAUGAGAAGGAGACGACGACGAAAGAUGAGGAGAGAUUUAAGCAGUUGGAGGACAAACUGAGGAGAGUUCAGAAUUUGGACGAUAACCUGGAAGCAUACAACAACAGCCUAGAGUCGCAGUUCGAUCAAGCUCGUUCCACGCUCGAUCACCUGUCCCGGAGAUUGAACCUGCAGAAAUCUCUUGCUCGUGAUGCCCCUGACGAUGACGAUGAAGAUGAUGAUAGUAACCUAGUAGGAGUAAGUCCGGAGGAGGACUUGAAGAAUAACAACAACAAUGACGACGACAACGAAGACAAAGUUAAACAGAAAUCAUCAUCAUCAUCGUCAUCAGCAGCGGCGGUUGAGGCACGCGAGAGGAUGUUGCUACAGGAGUACACGGAGAUUCUUAAGAACUACAAGGAUGUUAGACAGAAACAGCGCGAAGAAGAAAAGAAGCAGAAGGACCACGAAUUCAACACAGAGCAGCAAAUCAGGGAGCUGAAGGAAGCCAUUACAGAGAAGGACAACGAAGUUCAAUCUCUACGCGAGAUGUUGAGCCUUGUGCGAGGAAAUGUAGCAGGUGGAGAUAUUCCUCAGAAAGAAACAACACAUCAUGACGACGACGAUAAUGAUUAUAAAAACAGCUUAACAAAGACAAGUAGUAGCAGCAUACCAGUCGCUGCUUCUACCGCCAUUAACGAAGAGAAAAUUAGGUCAGAGGUCGAUGCAAUCCUAGACGAGAACCUCGAUUUCUGGUUACGAUUCAGCACGGCUUACCACGAGAUGCAAAAGUUCAAGAGCGAAAUUCAGGAUCUGCAGGACGAAAUAUCAAAUCUGAAAAACAAAAAGAAGCAAGGAGUAGUACCGUUUUCGCAGCUACGAUCAGAGGCGCGGCCGUACUACAAGCACUUAAGCGAGAUUCUGACAGAGCUCACCGUGUGGUUGGAGCAGAGCGCUUCUCUCAGAAAUGAGCUGCGGCGCAGGUUAGCGUCGUUGAGCAACAUACUGGAGGAAAUCUCAGAAAUCCAGAAUAGCAACAGCCAUAAUUACCAAGUGGCAAAGCUGCAAGGUGAGAUCUCAGGCAUGAAACAGGAAAACGACAAGGUGAGGGAAGUGCUACAGGGGAGCGUGGAGCGCGUGGAGAAGCUUCAGGAUGAGAUUCACAAGGCAUUGAAACAGCUCAAGGAUGAGUUUGGUGUCUCGAGCGAUCGACCGCAGCUGCAGAAGACACUAAGCAAGGCUCGAGUGCCUUUACGAUCGUUCAUCUUUGGGACGAAGCCGAAGAAGCAGAGACAUUCUCUCUUCUCUUUCAUGCAGCAUCACAGGAAACUCCAUGUUGUCUGAACUCCACAAUCGAUCCAUCCAUCUUCUUAAUCAAUCAAUCAAUAUAUAUAUAAUAAUAUAACACAUUGAGACAAGUCUGGUUUUUCAUUUGCUUGUGUUCGGGUUUAUUCUUCUUCUUCUUCAUCAGUUUGGCUUAAUUAUGCGACUCCAGUGUGCUCAUCUCAUCUCAUCUCGGCUCACAUAUACACAUGAUCAUACAUGCAAUGCAAUCACACAUCAAGUGCAUUGUUAAGAGUUGAGGGCUAUAUGCUGGGAAUCUACCAUAUCACACCAAAUAUAAAUAUGCGCAUUAUUUCUUAAUUAUCCUACCAUCAAUGAACAAAUUAUUUCCCUUUUAACCACAUUAACAAAAAAAAUAAAAAUAAAAAUAGAAUUACUUCACUCUCCAAUUUCUCAUUUCAAUAUACCUAAUUGGUGAUAAUGCU